CUAGAUGAACUGGCCAACAAAAUGAAAAUAGGAAACCACUACAAGAUUAUAGGAAUUCCAGCUUGUGUACAGCAUGGCUUACAAGCUACAGCAUGUAUAGAAGUCAAUAGUGUACAGCUCUGUAAACCAAAUGGUCCUUCUUCUGUCUGUGACAAUUUUAAGUAUCUGUUCUCACUGACGUCAAGUUCAUGCUGGAGUUUUACUGCCAUCCUUGCCAAUAUGUUUGCUUCUCAAGUUGUCCCACCAGGCACUUACAAUACUCUUAAACUUGCAAUAUUGAUGAGUCUAGUACAGACAUGUGAAAAAGAAAAUGCAGAUUAUCUGGAUCUGUUGAUUGUGACAAGCGACACACUAGUAAUUGAUAGGCUUCUGAAUUACAGCCUAUGUCUUCUGCCUCGUGGCAUACGACACCCACCUUCUAGUGAAAUUUUUCCUUCUGUGUCCAAAGAUAAACACGGAACUGGAAGCGCUAGUAUUCAAGCUUGCAGCGCUGUGCUGGCUAAGGGUGGUAUCUGUUACAUAGGAGACUUAUCUUCAUAUAAAAAGGAUAAACUUGAAUCUCUACAGUCCGUGCUAGAGAGCAGAACAACAACAGUAUUCAUUCCUGGGAAGAAGUACGGAGAAGAGGCUGACCAACAAGUUACUAUUUCAGUUCAGACAAAUUUUUGGUCUUUUGUAGAUUCUUCCUCAAAGAAACAUAUACAAAAGGAUAACUUUUUAAUUGGACAGAUGGACAUGAAUUUGAUUCCACCUAACCUUUUAGACGUUUUUGGGCUUUUGAUAUACAACGAGUUUCCUUCAUGUCAACUAUCUUCUCCUCUUGUGCGUCAUAUCUUGAAAAAAGCCAUUAAUCCUGAAGCCAUGCUGUACAAAGUCUCACAGCAGUUCAGAAUGCAGGAUUAUGAGGAGUUUAUUUUGUUUGCUAAAAAUCUUCAAGUUGAACUGAGCUCAGAAGCAGAAAACCUCAUUCAGGGCUACUAUCUUGCAAGUCGCAGAGUGAGAAGAGAUUCUACUCAUGGAUCAACGUUAUCAGCAUCUGCACUAAAAAUUCUGAUUUCACUGUCUAAGGCUCAUACUAAACUAAGUUUAAGAAAGAAAGUACUUGAGGAGGAUGCAUUGAUUGCCAUCUUGUUACUUGAAUCAUCUCUUACCCUAAAACACGGCAAGUCUGCAUUAUGCAUAACACCAAAUCCUGUAUUUCCAUUUGACCUCAGUGAUGAGAACUCCCUGCAACAGAGAGAUAGUUACCUAAGGCAGUGUCACCAUCAACUGCUAAAGUUCAUUGGUGCAUAUGGCCCAGGCAUUCACAUGAACACUAAUGAGGAGUGA